AAAUAACAGGGCUACUUGAGACGUCUAAGCAUAACACAUUCAGCUCUUCGGUCAAGAAGUCCAAGCAACACAAAACCAGCAAAAUGUUCAAACUGAUUGCCCUCGUAUCUGCCCUGUGCGCCGUGGCCAAUGCCGGAGUGAUCUCGCCCUACAGCCAUGGAUACGGACUGGGAUACGGAGCUGCCUUGGCUCCGGCUUAUGCCGCCCCGGCCCUGAUCUCGCACGCUCCGAUCAUCAAGAGCUACGCCGCCCCCAUUGUGGCCCAUCCGGUGGCCACCUCCUACGCCAACACCUACAAGGUGGCCACCAAGGCCAUCCCCGUGGUCCAUGCCGCUCCCCUGGUGCACGCCGCUCCUCUGGUCCAUGCCGUGCCUGCUCUGCACUCCACCUCCACCUACCACGGAUCCUAUGGCGGCUACGGUGGCUACGGUCUGGGAUACUCCGGCUACGGACACGGAGCUUACCUGCACUAAGGACCUGGAUGUCGGAAAGGAUACCAGCCAACGAUGACGACCCCGAUUGAACAUUCAGCGGAUAAUUCGCAUUUUGCUGCCGUCAAAGUGUUGAGUUUGCUUUUCGUAGUCAGAGGCGGAAAUACAAAUUGUGUACAAAAAUCCUCAAAACCCAGACAUCCACUUGGAGACAGAGACAUCUAGAUAACUAAGGACAACUAAUGGGAGGCGGCGAGAGCGAGGGAGAUUGACGAAGGAUCAAGUUUCGUUGAUUUUGUUAUUAUGGUGCAACUCCAUGCACUGUGGCUUCAAUACUUUCUGUAAAUAAACGAUAAAUGACUCUUAAACGAA